UUCACCUGUUUCCCUUUCUACACAGAUUAUGGAGCAAGAAAGCUGACACCAAGCCACAUCAGUGUUCAUCAGGGAUGAGAUAUCUGUCAAGGAUUUGUGGCAGAGUCACUUACAGGAAUAAAAACACAGAAUUUCUUCUAGGGAUAGUAUAAGAACAAAUGAGAUAAUUUCCAGAAGUGGCCUGAAGCUUUUCCAGAGAAAGGUGCUGUAACUAUCUAAGGCAAUUCUUAUGCAAGAAGCUAAACGUCAUUAAAUGUGCAGGAUGAAAAGAUGGCACAGGCACUGCUGGUACCCCCGGGGCCUGAAAGCUUCCGCCUUUUUACUAGAGAAUCUCUUGCUGCUAUCGAAAAACGUGCUGCAGAAGAGAAAGCCCAAAAGCCCAAGAGAGAACAAGACAAUGAUGACGAGAACAAACCAAAGCCAAACAGUGACUUGGAAGCUGGAAAGAACCUUCCGUUUAUUUAUGGAGACAUCCCUCCAGAGAUGGUGUCAGAGCCUCUGGAGGACCUGGACCCGUACUAUAUCAGUAAGAAGACUUUUAUAGUAUUGAAUAAAGGGAAGGCAAUUUUCCGAUUCAGUGCCACCUCUGCCUUGUAUAUUUUAACUCCGCUAAACCCUGUUAGGAAAAUUGCUAUUAAGAUUUUGGUACAUUCAUUAUUCAGCAUGCUUAUCAUGUGCACUAUUUUGACCAACUGUGUAUUUAUGACCUUGAGUAACCCUCCAGACUGGACGAAGAAUGUAGAGUACACAUUCACUGGAAUCUACACCUUUGAGUCGCUUAUAAAAAUCUUGGCAAGAGGGUUUUGCUUAGAAGAUUUUACAUUCCUUCGUGAUCCAUGGAACUGGCUGGAUUUCAGUGUCAUCGUGAUGGCAUAUGUGACAGAGUUCGUGGACCUGGGCAAUGUCUCAGCACUGAGAACAUUCAGAGUUCUUCGAGCCCUGAAAACAAUUUCAGUCAUUCCAGGUUUAAAGACCAUUGUGGGGGCCUUAAUCCAGUCCGUGAAGAAGCUUUCUGACGUCAUGAUCUUGACUGUGUUCUGUCUGAGCGUGUUUGCUCUAAUUGGUCUGCAGCUGUUCAUGGGCAACCUGCGGAAUAAAUGCUUGCAAUGGCCCCCAAGCGAUUCUGCUUUUGAAACCAACACCACAUCCUACUUUAAUGGCACAAUGGAUUCAAAUGGAAUAUUUGUUAAUGUAACAAUGAGUACAUUUAACUGGAAGGAUUAUAUUGAAGAUGACAGUCACUUUUAUGUUUUGGAUGGACAAAAGGACCCUUUACUCUGUGGAAAUGGCUCAGAUGCAGGCCAGUGUCCAGAAGGAUACAUCUGUGUGAAGGCUGGUCGAAACCCCAACUAUGGAUACACAAGCUUUGAUACCUUUAGUUGGGCUUUCUUGUCUCUAUUUCGACUCAUGACUCAAGACUACUGGGAGAAUCUUUACCAGUUGACAUUACGUGCUGCUGGAAAAACCUACAUGAUAUUUUUUGUCCUGGUGAUUUUCUUGGGAUCUUUUUAUUUGGUGAAUUUGAUACUGGCUGUGGUGGCCAUGGCCUAUGAGGAACAGAAUCAGGCCACCUUGGAAGAGGCAGAACAGAAAGAGGCUGAAUUUCAGCAAAUGCUUGAACAGCUUAAAAAACAACAGGAAGAAGCUCAGGCAGUUGCAGCCGCAUCAGCUGCUUCAAGAGAUUUCAGUGGAAUAGGUGGGUUAGGAGAGCUCCUGGAAAGUUCUUCAGAAGCAUCGAAGUUAAGUUCCAAAAGCGCUAAGGAGUGGAGGAACCGACGGAAGAAAAGAAGACAGAGGGAACAUCUGGAAGGAAACAACAAAGGAGAGGGAGACAGGUUUCCCAAAUCAGAAUCUGAGGACAGUGUCAAAAGAAGAAGCUUUCUUUUCUCCAUGGAUGGAAAUCGACUGACUAGCGACAAGAAAUUCUACUCCCCUCAUCAGUCUCUGUUAAGUAUCCGUGGCUCCCUGUUUUCCCCACGACGCAAUAGCAAAACAAGCAUUUUCAGCUUCAGAGGCCGGGCAAAGGAUGUCGGUUCUGAAAAUGACUUUGCUGAUGAUGAGCACAGUACAUUUGAAGACAGCGAGAGCAGGAGAGACUCACUGUUUGUGCCGCACAGACAUGGAGAGCGACGCAACAGUAACGUUAGUCAGGCCAGUAUGUCAUCCAGGAUGGUGCCAGGGCUUCCAGCAAAUGGGAAGAUGCACAGCACUGUGGAUUGCAAUGGUGUGGUUUCCUUGGUGGGUGGACCGUCAGCUCUAACCUCACCUACUGGACAACUUCUGCCAGAGGGCACCACCACUGAAACAGAAGUCAGAAAGAGAAGGCUAAGUUCUUACCAGAUUUCAAUGGAGAUGCUAGAGGAUUCCUCUGGAAGGCAAAGAGCCAUGAGCAUAGCCAGCAUCCUGACCAACACAAUGGAGGAACUUGAAGAAUCUAGACAGAAAUGUCCUCCAUGCUGGUACAGAUUUGCCAAUGUGUUUUUGAUCUGGGACUGCUGUGAUGCAUGGUUAAAAGUAAAGCAUCUUGUGAAUUUAAUUGUCAUGGAUCCAUUUGUUGAUCUUGCCAUCACUAUUUGCAUUGUCUUAAAUACCCUCUUUAUGGCUAUGGAGCACUACCCAAUGACCGGUCAAUUCAGUAGUGUAUUAACUGUAGGAAACUUGGUCUUCACUGGGAUCUUCACAGCAGAAAUGGUUCUCAAGAUUAUUGCCAUGGAUCCAUAUUAUUAUUUCCAAGAGGGCUGGAAUAUCUUUGAUGGAAUUAUUGUCAGCCUUAGUUUGAUGGAGCUUGGCCUGGCCAAUGUGGAGGGAUUGUCUGUACUGAGAUCAUUCAGAUUGCUUCGAGUUUUCAAGUUGGCAAAAUCCUGGCCCACCCUGAAUAUGCUGAUAAAGAUCAUUGGCAAUUCUGUGGGGGCUCUAGGUAAUCUCACCUUGGUGUUGGCCAUUAUUGUCUUCAUUUUUGCUGUGGUUGGCAUGCAGCUGUUUGGUAAAAGCUACAAAGAAUGUGUCUGCAAGAUCUCCAGUGACUGUCAACUUCCACGCUGGCACAUGAAUGACUUCUUUCACUCCUUUCUGAUUGUGUUCCGCGUGCUAUGUGGAGAGUGGAUAGAAACCAUGUGGGACUGUAUGGAGGUCGCUGGCCAAACCAUGUGCCUUAUUGUUUUCAUGUUGGUCAUGGUCAUUGGAAACCUUGUGGUUCUGAACCUCUUUUUGGCCUUAUUGUUGAGUUCAUUUAGCUCAGACAAUCUUGCUGCUACUGAUGAUGAUAAUGAAAUGAACAAUCUCCAGAUUGCAGUAGGAAGGAUGCAAAAGGGAAUUGAUUAUGUGAAAAGUAAGAUACGGGAGUGUUUCAGAAAAACCUUUUUUAGAAAGCCAAAAGUUAUAGAGGUCCAUGAAGGCAACAAAAUAGACAGCUGCAUCUCCAAUAAUACUGGAAUAGAAAUCAGCAAAGAACUUAAUUAUCUUAAAGAUGGGAACGGAACCACCAGUGGUGUAGGUACCGGAAGCAGUGUUGAAAAAUAUGUAAUCGAUGAAAAUGAUUAUAUGUCAUUCAUAAACAACCCCAGCCUCACUGUAACAGUGCCAAUUGCUGUUGGAGAGUCUGACUUCGAAAACUUAAACACCGAAGAGUUUAGCAGUGAGUCAGAACUAGAAGAAAGCAAAGAGAAAUUAAAUGCAACCAGCUCAUCUGAAGGAAGCACAGUGGAUGUUGCUCCCCCACGGGAAGGUGAACAAGCUGAAAUGGAGCCUGAGGAAGACCUUAAACCAGAAGCUUGUUUUACUGAAGGAUGUAUUAAAAAAUUUCCAUUCUGUCAAGUAAGUAUAGAAGAGGGCAAAGGAAAGGUCUGGUGGAAUCUUCGGAAAACCUGCUAUAGCAUUGUUGAACACAACUGGUUUGAGACUUUCAUUGUCUUCAUGAUUCUUCUCAGCAGUGGUGCUUUGGCUUUUGAAGAUAUAUACAUCGAACAGCGAAAGACUAUCAAAACCAUGCUAGAAUACGCUGACAAGGUCUUCACUUAUAUAUUCAUUCUGGAAAUGCUCCUCAAAUGGGUAGCUUAUGGAUUUCAAACAUAUUUCACCAAUGCCUGGUGCUGGCUAGAUUUCUUGAUUGUCGACGUUUCUUUGGUUAGCUUGGUAGCCAACGCUCUCGGCUACUCAGAACUUGGUGCCAUUAAAUCCCUACGGACACUAAGAGCUUUAAGACCUCUAAGAGCAUUAUCCCGGUUUGAAGGCAUGAGGGUUGUUGUGAAUGCUCUUGUUGGAGCAAUUCCCUCUAUCAUGAAUGUGCUCUUGGUUUGUCUCAUCUUCUGGCUGAUCUUUAGCAUUAUGGGUGUGAAUUUGUUUGCUGGCAAGUUCUACCACUGUGUUAACACGACAACGGGUAACAUGUUUGAAGUUAGUGAAGUCAACAAUCUGAGCGACUGUCAGGCUCUUGGCAAGCAAGCUCGAUGGAAAAACGUCAAAGUAAACUUCGAUAACGUUGGCGCUGGCUAUCUUGCAUUGCUUCAAGUGGCCACAUUUAAAGGCUGGAUGGAUAUUAUGUACGCAGCCGUUGACUCACGAGAUGUAAAACUUCAGCCUGUAUAUGAAGAAAAUCUAUAUAUGUAUUUAUACUUCGUCAUCUUUAUCAUCUUUGGGUCAUUCUUCACUCUGAAUCUAUUCAUUGGUGUAAUCAUAGAUAACUUCAACCAACAGAAAAAGAAGAUAAGUAUUCCUCAGCUCUCAACUUUCUCCACUCUGAGGUUCUGUUUGUUGUACAUCCAAAUCAUCAGGAUACUCGCGAACAAAUUCCAAGGAAUGGUCUUUGAUUUUGUAACCAGGCAAGUCUUUGAUAUCAGCAUAAUGAUCCUCAUCUGCCUCAACAUGGUCACCAUGAUGGUGGAAACUGAUGACCAGAGCAAAUAUAUGACUCUAGUUUUGUCCCGGAUCAACCUUGUGUUCAUUAUCCUGUUCACUGGAGAAUUUGUGCUGAAGCUCAUCUCUCUCAGAUACUACUACUUCACCAUAGGCUGGAACAUUUUUGAUUUUGUGGUAGUGAUUCUCUCCAUUGUAGGUAUGUUUCUGGCUGAGCUGAUAGAAAAAUACUUCGUGUCCCCUACCCUGUUCCGAGUGAUCCGUCUCGCCAGGAUUGGUCGAAUCUUGCGUCUGAUCAAAGGGGCGAAGGGGAUCCGCACGCUGCUCUUUGCUCUGAUGAUGUCCCUUCCCGCCUUGUUUAACAUCGGCCUCCUGCUCUUCCUGGUCAUGUUCAUCUACGCCAUCUUUGGAAUGUCCAAUUUUGCCUAUGUUAAAAAGGAAGCUGGAAUUGAUGACAUGUUCAACUUUGAGACCUUCGGCAACAGCAUGAUCUGCCUGUUCCAAAUUACCACCUCUGCUGGCUGGGAUGGAUUGCUAGCACCUAUUCUUAAUAGUGCACCACCUGACUGUGAUCCUGACACAAUUCAUCCUGGAAGCUCUGUUAAGGGAGACUGCGGGAACCCAUCUGUGGGGAUUUUCUUUUUUGUCAGUUACAUCAUCAUAUCGUUUCUAGUUGUGGUGAACAUGUACAUCGCUGUCAUCCUGGAGAACUUCAGUGUCGCUACUGAGGAAAGUGCAGAGCCCCUGAGUGAGGAUGACUUUGAGAUGUUCUAUGAGGUUUGGGAGAAGUUCGAUCCUGAUGCCACCCAGUUUAUAGAGUUCUCCAAGCUCUCUGAUUUUGCAGCUGCCCUAGAUCCUCCUCUCCUCAUAGCAAAACCAAACAAAGUCCAGCUCAUUGCCAUGGACCUGCCCAUGGUCAGUGGUGACCGGAUCCAUUGUCUUGACAUCUUAUUUGCCUUCACAAAGCGUGUUUUGGGUGAGAGUGGAGAGAUGGAUGCCCUUCGAAUACAGAUGGAGGACCGGUUCAUGGCAUCGAACCCCUCCAAAGUCUCCUACGAACCUAUCACAACCACUCUGAAACGCAAGCAAGAGGAGGUGUCUGCUGCUAUCAUUCAGCGUAACUUCAGAUGUUAUCUUUUAAGGCAAAGGUUAAAAAAAGUAUCAAGUGAAUAUAACAAAGAGGCAAUUAAAGGAAGGAUUGACCUACCUAUAAAAGAAGACAUGAUUAUUGACAAAUUAAAUGGAAACUCCACCCCCGAAAAAACAGAUGGAAGCUCCUCUACCACAUCUCCUCCUUCCUAUGACAGCGUAACAAAGCCAGACAAAGAAAAGUUUGAGAAAGACAAACCAGAAAAAGAAAGCAAAGGGAAAGAGGUCAGGGAAACUCAAAAGUAAAAAAGAAACAAAGAAGUAUCAUUGUGAUCAAUUGUUUACAGCCUACGAUGGUAAAGUCUAAGUGUCAACUGGACUCCCAGAGGAGGUCUAUGCCAAACUGACUGUUUUAACAAAUACUCAUGGUCAGUGCCUAUAACAAGACAGUGACCUCACCAUCACUACAACUCUGUGAGUCAGGGUAUCAACAAGAUUGACAACAGGUUGCUGUUUUCAUUACCAGCUGACACUGCUGAAGAGAAACUCAAUGGCUACCUAGACUGUAGGGAUAAUUGUGCAAAGUGAUCAUUGUAACUACACCAAACACCUUUAGUACAGUACUUGCAUCCACUCUAUUUUUAACUUCCAUAUCUGCCAUAUUUUUACAAAAUUGGUUCUGGUGGAUCUCCUUGCUCCCUAAUUCAUAGUUUAUUCAUAAUACUAUGUCACUAUUUUUGUAAAUGCAGUUUAAGUUGAGAAAAAAGUAUAUAAGAGCCCUGUGUUCCUCCUCCAUAAAUCUCUUAAACAAUGAGCAAAAGUGUUUUGAGAGAUAAAAUUCUUGCUUAAAACCAGAAAAAAAAAUAUUCUAAUGUCAAUAAGUUCAGGUACUUCCAUUUUCUAGAAGACUUUAAUUUUGAAAGUGUUUUAGUCUGUUACAUUUAUUUACAUCUGAACAGUUAUGUGCCUGUAAAGUCUCCUCUAAUUUUUAAAGGAUUAUUUUUAUGCAACAAUUGUUUCAGCAAGUGCAAAUUUUAUUCUAAGUUCCAGAGCUCUAUAUUUAAUUUGGUUAAAUGCGUUCCAAAAACAAAACAACAAAAAUCUAGAAAAGUGUAUCUAAAGUGUCACUUUAGAAUAGUUGUCCCACUUUCUGCUGCAGUAUUGCUUUGCCAUCUUCUACUCUCAGCAAAGCUGAUAUUUUAUGUCAAUUCAACACCCCCUGUUAUGUAAAUAGUUAUUUUAUCCUGUGGUGCAUGUUUGGGUAGAAAUAUAUAUGUAUAUGUAUAUAUAGUGUAUAUAUAUACAUAUAGA